GUCUCCUUCAUCUCCUCGCCUCCUUCCGUCCCUUCGGCGCUUCCAGCCUCUUCUGCCGAGCCACUAUUCUGGCUGCCGUGUCUCUGCUGGCCGUCCUCUCCCGCUUCCUCUCCCUCACCUCUGCGACGCCCAACAUCCACCUCAUGCGCCCGAGCUAGCUGCAACGCGCUAGUCACUCGCCUCUCUUCCACCUGUUUGCGCUCCACGUGCCUCCGUCCGCCCUCGCCUACUGAUGGCUGGUCCUCUGCCGAUGCUCCCGGCGCUCGAAGGCGACCUCCAGGUGUGGGAGGUGGCCUUUGGCUCGCAGGAAUCGCUCGUGCAGGCGCCCUCCGGCAGUCCGCGCGGCGAGUGGCGCCAGCGAUGGUGCUCGCUCGGCGAAGGCAUAAUCAGUGUGCACGUCAGCCAACAUGCGGCCUUUGCCCAGUCCGAGAACAGCCUCCGGUCGGUGACUCUGGCGCACUGCCGCAAGGUCAGCUCGUCUGGCACGAGUAGUGGUCCAUGGGAGAUCACCAUCUGGAAGCACUCCAGCUCGGCCAGCACAGCGACGCCCACCCGCUCGGCCUCGCCGAUGCUGCACCGCGGCCUGCCGCGCUCGGCCACGAGCAGCAGUCUGAGCAGUGCAUUCGAGCGUGGCGCCGCAAGCUUCCGCGGCGGCAGCGCAUCGCGCAAAGGCGAGAGCGAAUCGUCUGCGAGCGCCUAUGCGACGGUCGCAGGCAACUCCACGCGCGGCCAGCGACCGGCGCUGUACAACGCCUCGACGCUGAGCUCGAUGGACGAGGCAACCGACGGCGAGGGCACCAAGCAGCGCAGCAACAACGGCACGUGGGGCAAGCUCAGCUCUCGCUCCAAGCGUCUCUACCGCCUUGUCUCGGGCAACAGCACUUCUUCGCUCGCCGAGCUUGCCAACGCAAGGUCCUCGUCGCCGUCGCCGGCGCCGUGCUCUCCGCUGGAGGAGGCAUGCGCCUCUUCGGAUGCCGUCGUCCUGCGCACAAACAGCCGUGCGCAGCAUGCUCAGUGGCUCGAGGCCAUCUCGACGUCGAUGCGCUCAGCCGGCACCACUGCGCCGUCUCCGUCGCAGCCAAGCACGUCCAGCCGGCCUCGUCCGGCUCUGCCCUCGUUCGCGUCAGACGCACGCUCCGGCGAGAGCUCCGUCGUCUCGCUCAUGGCGCCGGCCAAGCUCGCCAAGCGGCCCGUCAAGAUCGGCCACAGCGCUAGCAACUCGAACUUGGUGCGCGCCAGCGAGGCUCCGGCCGAGUCGUCGCCGCGCACGAGCAUGGACUGCGGCCGCAGCAGCAUCAGCUCGCGCAGCGAGGCCAGCAGCGUGUUGUCUGCCCGGCGACCCAGCACCUCGAACGGCGCGCUGUCUCUCGGCACGUCGCGCACCAGCUCGUCAUCCACGCGCCGCUCGAGCGCUGCCACGUCCCUGGUCAGCCCGGCACUGUCUGCGGGCCAUUCGAUGACCAAGGGCGCCUCGACGUGGUCCGGUCGAUCGGUCUCAUCGCCGCGUCCGUCGCCCGCACUGUCCAGCGACGGCCCGGACAUGUCGCCCAUUCUGUCUUGCGCGCCGCGUGCUGGCACACGUGAGCCGCGACUCUCUCCCUCCGUCGAGAGCCUGCGCUUCGGUUCCCGUCUCGUCUCCGUCGUGGCGAGCGAGGACGCACAGGCCAGCCGCUUCGCCAUGCUCCGCAAGGCUUCGGCGUCGUCAAUGAGUGGCCACCAGUUCAGCGGCGCUUGCCAGGGCCUGGGUCUCGACCUGGGCGCCGCAACGCCCGUGCCCGAGCUGCCGACAUCGCUCGUCAAGGAGAGUCUGCAAGCGUGCACGCCGCGCCUCCGCCUCUCGACCAUGGACGGCGACGUCCAGACGACCGAGUCGAUCGACUCCGUCGCCACGGUGCUGCCUUCGCCGCGUCUGCGCACCACUAGCCGGUCUCCGUCGCUCUUCUCCUUCGCGCAGACUCGCGGCGAGAGCACCGUCCAAGCGGACGUGCCUCAGCCGCGGCCGCGCACCCGCGUCGACUCGAUGCCUUCUCCCGUGCUGUGCUCCUCUGCUUCGCUCGCCUCGCUCGCAACCGACGACAUGAGCGCCACGCCCACGGGUGCCUCUCGCAAGGCCGGCUUGCCUCGCUUGCCAGGCCCCAGCAGUCGCCUGGCCGCGGCUGCGCGACGGCGCCUGGCCUCGCCGCUCACGACGCAGCGCCACGUCUCGGAUGCCUCUCCGAGCUACUCCGAGAGCGCAUCGUCAGCUGACCCCACGACGCCAAUGUCGCCGCUCUUUGCUCGUGGCUCCGAGUCUGUCAGCCUGGUCGGCGACGACGAGAGCAUGACUUGCGCGCCGACGCCAAUCGGGGCCCCGCCACCGGUCAUCGUCGAGCGCAUUCUGCCGCCGACCGAGCUCAUCGCCACGUUCGACCGGCUCCGCAACGAGCAGCAAGUCAAGGCGGCGCGUCGCACGGUCCGUCCGCGCACCAGUCCCUCGCUGCCGCAAGGCGAGGCCGCGCCGGGUCGCUUCCCUCUCUCAGUCUCGGCCGACGAGACGGCCGCCCGGCGUGCGUCUCCUCGCCGUCCCCGUACGCCGCGCUCGACUGCGCUGCAGCUCGUCGGCGACAGCACGCCGCGAGACGCCUCGCGCCCUUCGCUGCCUGCCGAGCCUGCGCUGCGCGGCGCGCUCAAGUCGAUCGACGACAACAACGCGCAGCUGCACAAGCACUCGCUGCCCGCGCCGCCGCGUGUGGCCAAGCGUCCCAGUACAUCGGCUCUGAGCCAGACCGGCAGUGCGGCAGACUUGACCGCCCAGCCCGACGCCACGCAAGGCCACUCGGCGUUCAGCCUGCUGCAAGCCGACCCGCGCCCUGCUGGCGCACGCGCUCGCGGCAACACCUUCUCGAGGCCGCAGCAGCUGUCUCCGAUCGCCUCGCCCGCCGCCUCGCCGGCUCAGACAACGCCGCGCAAGGCCUCGGCGCAGAAGCAGGCGCACGCCUCGCCGGCGCCUCACACUGCGGCCAGCUCGGAGGCGCUGCAGUGGGCCACGCGCGAGGUGCGCCCGGCCAUCGCAUACUGAGAGCAUGGCUCCUGCCUCGCCUGCACCUAGCCUUUUUCGUCACUCGCUCUCCGCAUCUCUUUUCGUCUCACUCGAUCGUCACCCU